CUUCACCAGCUGCUUAAUUAAUUGCACAUUUUUCCUCACUCGCUCAGUUAAUUACUAGCUGCUAGCAAGCUCGAUCGAUCGGUAACAAACUAGCUAGCCAGCUGCAGCUAAUUAAUCAAGCAUAGUGAUGCAGCUGCUAGCAGCGACGUCGACGACGAUGGCUGCUUCUUUCUCCUCCACCGUCGGAGCCCCGCAGCUGGCAAACGGGUUGGUGGUGAAGAAGGUGAGGGUGGGCGCGUACGGACAUGGCAGGUCGAGGUUGGUCAAGAGGAGGAUCAUGGCGAUGGCGAGCAAGGAGCUGGACGAGGAGAAGCAGACGGAUGGCGACCGGUGGAAGGGGCUCGCCUACGACAUCUCCGACGACCAGCAGGACAUCACCAGAGGGAAGGGCCUCGCCGACUCCCUCUUCCAGGCUCCCUCCGGCGUUGGCACCCACGAGGCCGUGCUCACCUCCUACGAGUACCUCAGCCAGGGUCUCAGGCAGUACAACUUGGACAACACCAUGGACGGCCUCUACAUCGCCCCGGCAUUCAUGGACAAGCUCGUCGUCCACAUCUCCAAGAACUUCAUGAAGCUGCCCAACAUCAAGGUGCCACUCAUCCUCGGCAUCUGGGGAGGCAAGGGCCAGGGCAAGUCCUUCCAGUGUGAGCUCGUCUUCGCCAAGAUGGGAAUCAACCCCAUCAUGAUGAGCGCCGGUGAGCUGGAGAGCGGCAAUGCCGGCGAGCCGGCCAAGCUCAUCCGGCAACGGUACCGCGAGGCGGCCGACAUCAUCAAGAAGGGGAAGAUGUGCGUCCUCUUCAUCAACGAUCUGGACGCCGGAGCCGGCCGGAUGGGCGGCACCACGCAGUACACGGUGAACAACCAGAUGGUGAACGCCACGCUGAUGAACAUCGCCGACAACCCCACCAACGUGCAGCUGCCGGGCAUGUACAACAAGGAGGAGAACCCGCGCGUCCCCAUCAUCGUCACCGGCAACGACUUCUCCACGCUGUACGCGCCGCUCAUCCGCGACGGCCGCAUGGAGAAGUUCUACUGGGCGCCCACCCGCGAGGACCGCAUCGGCGUCGCCAAGGGCAUCUUCCGCACCGACAAGGUCCCCGACGAUGCCAUCGUCAAGCUCGUCGACACCUUCCCCGGCCAGUCCAUCGACUUCUUCGGUGCUCUGCGUGCCCGCGUUUACGACGACGAGGUGCGGCGGUGGAUCACGGAGGUCGGGGUGGAGAACGUCGGCAAGAGGCUGGUGAACUCGAGGGAGGGGCCGCCGGAGUUCGAGCAGCCGAGGAUGACGCUGGAGAAGCUGAUGGAGUACGGCCACAUGCUGGUGCGCGAGCAGGAGAACGUGAAGCGCGUGCAGCUCGCCGACAAGUACCUCAGCGAGGCGGCGCUCGGCGACGCCAACGACGACGCCAUCAAGUCCGGCAGCUUCUACGGCAAGGCCGCGCAGCAGACGCCCGUCCCGGUCCCGGCGGGCUGCACCGACCAACGCGCCGCUAACUACGACCCCACCGCCCGGAGCGACGACGGCAGCUGCGUCUACAACUGAUCAAUCCAGUCGCCGCCGGCGCGCGCUUUCUCAAUUAGUAAUUAUUUACACGUACAUGCAGUACUCGUUCAUCAACAUUAUGCAUGAACAGUACCGACCGAUGGACGUACGAGUACGGUUGUGAAGUCGUAAGUACUACUCCGUACCUGCCGAUUUGACACUGCACAGAUUUAUAGUAAUUAAUUAAAGCAUAUUAGUUGCCUAUAGUCCAAUCCGGUCUCUGGUUACCAU